GACCGGUAAAACGCUUACGUAAUGAUUCCGGUGACGAGAGGAAUACAUCACUUUCACCCACUUUUAGCUGGAUGACAUCUUACUUCGUCAUUUAUUCACUGUUAAUUACCAGUAUAUAUGUAAUUUAAUAAGACGUAAUCGUUUUUUUUUUUAUAUGAGCGAAACUGCAAAUGCCGCCACUCAGUGCUAUGGGUGUUAGCUUUAGCAUCUAGCACCUUGUGGCAUUGUUAAAAACAAUGCACAAAAUGGGCGCAUAAUGCGUUUUUAGUAAAUGGUCGAUUGGCUCGAGUGGAGUUGCUCAUCAUUAUAUCCGUGCUUGACUGUUCAGGUCUAGACACUUUUACCGAAGGCGCUCUUUUUGAGCAUAAUGGAGGAAACGUUCUAGUCGGUUGUCAACAGUAGCGUCGAAUGACGCUUAAAUACCCACAAUGGCCUCAGUGCUGGAUGACCCCAGCAUGGAGAGGCUUCUUAAAGGCCACAAGGAUUCGGUCACCUGCGUGCAUUUUAAUCCAAACUCCAAAUUAUUGGCGUCGAGCUCCCGCGAUAAAAGCCUGAUGAUCUGGAAUCUGUCAGCCAAGGGAAGGUCCUUGCGUUUCAUCAACCAUCAGGACGCCGUCACGGCCGUGCAGUUCUGCCCCGUUGGCAACCUGGUGGCGACCUCGUCCAAGGACAAAACGGUGCGACUGUGGAAGCCUUCCUUGAAAGGGGAGUCGACAGUAUUUAAGGCGCACACGGCUGCCGUGCGCAGCGUCGGGUUCUCCCACGACGGCGUGAGGCUGGUGACGGCAUCGGACGAUAAGUCGGUGAAGAUUUGGAGCGUCGCCCGGCGAUGUUUUAUCUGCUCGCUCAACCAACACACCAACUGGGUACGCUGUGCUAGAUUUUCGCCGGACAGUCGCCUUGUUGUGUCCUGCGGGGAUGAUCGCACCGUCAGGUUGUGGGACACGUCCAGCAAAAACUGCAUCAACUGCUUCACUGAUUACCCCGGAUCCUCGACCUACGCGGACUUCAACUCAAGAGGCACGUGCAUCGCGUCGUCGGGUGUUGAUAACGCACUUCAAAUCUGGGACCUACGCACUAAUAAGAUCAUCCAGCAUUACCUAGUCCACAGCGCUAGUGUCAACAGCUUCUCCUUCCACCCGUCUGAUAACUACCUGAUCAGCGGCUCCAGCGACAGCACAAUCAAAAUCCUUGACCUGCUGGAGGGACGCCUCAUCUACACGCUGCAUGGACACAAGGGCGCCGUCCUCAGUGUGGCCUUUUCCAGGACUGGAGAAUUCUUUGCUUCUGGGGGCAUUGAUUCACAAGUGAUGUUGUGGAAAACCAACUUUGACGCCAAAUCAUACCGGGAGGUCCUGGAGCAGCACAGCCGGCGGGCGACUCCCAACUCCCCGCCACACCUGACCGAUAUCCACCCCCGGGUGCCCCACCCUCACCCGACGCACACGGUGGACAUUCAGGUGGGUCCGGGACUGACGGACACGCACUCAUCAAAACCAUACAUCGUCGAGCUCCAAGAAGGUCCACACCAAGACGCAGACCACGGCAACGAUGUCCACCACUGCAUCGUCGAGGGCUUCGCCCAUGACAGUCCGUCUCCUGUCACGAUGACGACAGAUGACGAAGGCUGGACGAAGGAGGAGAUCGGGGCAAGUCCAUGGAAGCGGCGAGGGGACAAGGGCAAGAGACGUCGAGUCAGGGAUGUUCGAACGGACGACGACGCAAAUUGGCACCAUGGCCAAACCGCCCCCCAGACGGAGCCGUCGCAGGCGCCGUCGGGGAAAACGCCCGUUAUCAACUCCAUCCUGCAACAAAUCUUCAAGCAGCUAGACGUUCUCACGCAGACCCUUUCCACAUUGGAAGAACGUCUCAGCCUGACGGAGGACCAACUUCAGGACAGGCUCAACAAAACCCAACCUACUGGAAGACCACCUUAAUAAACCAUUGGAUCACCUCAAAUAAGGUACUACAAAUGUGUGUGCGUGCUUCCCCUCCUGGCAUAUUAGCAACCGUCCGAUGGCGUGUAACGCUCUGCGCGGCAAGGUCCGAGGGCGGAUUGACCAGAGACAUGCUAGUGUUCCUCAUCUGGAUCACGACAUCCAUCUUGUGUCAUUCUCGUCUCCGAAAUAAGUGGCGAAUGAAAUAAAAAUGCGUUGGUCAUCAUAAGGACAAAGCUCCCAGCAACGUCUCGGCCAACGUGGACGCCGCCUCACACGGCCAAUCCAAAGCUCUGAAGCUUCUUAACUUUGCUCUUCCACUUAAACCCGUCACUCGCGACCUCACCUCAGCGCCCAUCACCCUAGCUAAUGAGGAGAUCACUCUCCAUCUGCUACAGCUCGAGCCAGACCACUUUACAACAUUGCUCCAUUUUGUUGUGGUUUAUUAUCACGUUUCAUCCCCGGUAAAGCAUGAUUGAAAAUGUACCCGAAUAUUAUUCACCUCAAAUUUAUUAUUGUUGGUUUUAAUCGCGGCUAAUUUGAUGCAUGCACUAACCUCAAAACAAGAUUACGCUUCCUAUAGACCUCUAAGAUAUAUUUUGAUUAUAUGUAAUGGAAUACAGUAUAUAUUAUUAACAUUGUAUGUUUUUUUUUUUUAUGUUUAAAAGCCCUCUUUAAUAAAACUUUUUUUUUUUAUGAAUGAGCGACUGCUGUGUUUUUGGCUAUGGGACAUGGCUGCCGUGGCAUUACGCCUGCUACGUGACCGUGGGGAUCUUCCUUGUUGAUCCCUCGCUCUUCUGUCCUCCUUCCAGCGGCUUUAUAUUGCCUAACUGGAUUGACCAGACUCCGUCCUGCUUUCACUGUACACAAACACACAUUUUGCUCUCAGAGCAUCCUGUCCUGACUUUGGGGAAAUGGGAAAGGAGAGGAACUCCGCUUGUUGUUGAGGCCACAUUUACGCUCUGGCAGCAGAAAGCAGGAAGUGAAUGGGGUAAACACGUCAAGUCAGCACUUUCCUAGGAAGUGUUUUUUUUUUUUUUUUUUUUUCCUCCUAUGAGAAGAGCGCACGAUGGGGUAAAGCCAGGGCAGCCGUUGGGCGCUAAUCAUCACGGUGAGGCGUUGUAAGUGCUGAUCCUUCCUGGGUUGUGGAGCUUUGAACUUUUAAGUGGUUUAACUCCAGUGAAUCUUUUAAGACGUGCAACCCUGCACGAGACCUGCGGGCAGCUGGUCUGACAAAGCAGGUUGGACUUCUUCUAUGGUGGACCUCAGACUCCUAUUCAGCUGUGGAAACACACUUUCUCACAGCCGCCUAUGUUCCUCAAUGAUUUUCCUGAAGUUUUGAUUCUAAAUGAAGCUAAGUGUCAACUGCUUCAGAUCUGAGUUGAGUGGACCUACACUGGAAUGUGUCUAUGGUCGCAAUGAAGCUCUUUGUGCACUCUCCUAGUCAAAGCCAAUUAAAAAGGAUUCCACAAUAAUUCCUGUCCCAGGAAGGCGUGUAACAUUCCCAACUUUGUUCCAGCACAGUCCCACCGAGCUCAUGAUGUUUUCUGGGUGGUCCGCAGGAAAAGCAAAGAAGGCUAAUUGGGGUCAAAGUUAAAAAAAAAAAAUCUAACCCCAUUCAGCCUUCACCAACAUUUUUGACACCUGGCAGAGAAACGAAUCCGGCGCACAGUUUGAUGUGUUUCUGAACCGAUUAUUUAUUUUAAAUCUGAGUCUGGUUGUGACUUAUGUUUUUAACUUUGGAUUCCAGCUACCGUAAUUUUCGGACUAUAAGUCGCGUUUUUUUUUCAUAGUUUGGGUGGGGGGGGCAACUUAUACUCAGGAGCGACUUAUAUACAUAUAUAUGUUUUUUUUCACUUUUUUGGGCUUUUUAUGGCUGGUGGGACUUAUACUCCGGUGCGACUUAUAGUCCGAAAAUUACGGUACUUUUGCCACUUUUGUCAUAUCUGCGUGCUGAUGACAUCUCAGCACACUCGAAAGUUGUUAUCGCAAAGUACACACACUCGUUAUCUGCACGGUAGCGGCCUGGGCGGAAGUUCACAACUCCGCCGCCGUCCCGUCUCGCUGACGACGUCUGUCUGUCUGUCUUUGCUGACUGUGUCAUGUGUCACGGGGACUUCCUGUUUUCAGGACGCUGUUUCCUGUGUGUGUGCGUGACCAUAACACACACACUACCACGCCCUCUUUUCUUCUCUGCCGCCGGGUAAUCUCGUCCUCCUCCCUCGCGUCUCUCUGCCACCGGCUGGUCGUCUCAGACGGCCUCGUCUUUUGUCCUCACACAAAAAGAUACACACACUAAUCAGGUUCCUGUGUGUGUGUGUGUGUUUUUGUGAUGCAAGUUUGAAUAGGCGUGACAUGAAUAUUGCUGCUUUGUGUCCUGUAUUUUCUUUUUUGUGCUUCAGAAGCCCCCACUGACCCUGGAUCAGCUGCUCAGCUAAUGUGGAAACACGCAAACGAGAAGUCUUACAUUUACAGAUGUACGGCGAAAAAAAAAGUUAAAGUGUAAGCUGAGAUGAGAAGGUUCACAAAAAGUACGAUGGAAAAUCACGUUAAUUUAUAAACACAAAUGAACAAAGAAGUCAACGACAAGAUUUAACCUCAAACUUUUUCCACUGUACCUUGACUUACAAGUGUGUCACUUAUGAAUAAGAUGAAAUGUUCAGCUCUAUUUUAUAUAGCGCUAUAUUAAAUCAUUGAACAAAUUCGA